AUGGCCGCAAAUGCAUCACCAUCCUCAUCAAAACCAUCAAUUUCGCCUUUGCCACCACCAACAUCCACCCCAUUCCAUGAGCAAAAGCAGCAGCCACAGCAGGUGAAUAGAGAGGUUCAACUUACUGCUUUAGUAGAAGAUUAUGUCAUCUGGGAUCCGGCACCAUAUUCUGGUAGAGGUGGUCCAGCUCCUAUUCCUCAUCCAAGGGUAGUAGCCCCACUGGCCUCUUCUACACGGACCCUUUCAACCUCCAAACUCGCGGCAUGCAUGACGAUGGUGAUUAUAAUGAUGAUACCCAUGGCCGCAAAUGCAUCACCAUCCUCAUCAAAACCAUCAAUUUCGCCUUUGCCACCACCAACAUCCACCCCAUUCCAUGAGCAAAAGCAGCAGCCACAGCAGGUGAAUAGAGAGGUUCAACUUACUGCUUUAGUAGAAGAUUAUGUCAUCUGGGAUCCGGCACCAUAUUCUGGUAGAGGUGGUCCAGCUCCUAUUCCUCAUCCAAGGGUAGUAGCCCCACUGGCCUCUUCUACACGGACCCUUUCAACCUCCAAACUCGCGGUAGGAACUUGA